CUGGCUUCAUGGGAGAAAGGCACCGCAUGCUGACUGGAAGAGGUCCUCAGACCAGUGCCUCCUGGUUCCCUAUUUUAUACCUUGGACACCAGAGCUAAAGAAGAGGAAGUGAUCUGCAAAAGGGCAGCCUGCUGCAGCAGGUCUCCUGUGAGCCACAAGACAUCAAGGGGAAAGUCCCGGAUAUCGUCAUGCGUGAGAGCAUCUCAUUAAUCAUCAACCCUGUAAGGUGAUCUCCAGCCUAUAAAAGGGGAACCAUCAGAGUCUUGAAAACCUUACCACUGGCCUUCACAAGCAUCUCUAGACCCAAGGACUUGUGCCCCAGGAGGAGCCGAGGAUAAUGGGUGCCCGCCUCAGCCCUGAGGCCAGGGCUGGUGAGAUCUCAGCCAGCAGAGGUGCUUGCCGACAAGCUGAAUGGCCUUAGUUCAGUCCCUGAACCCACAAGACAAUGAGGUGCCCCGCGAGGUCCUUAGUUUCCACGGGGAUGCUACCGGCACACAGGUGCAUCUGGAUGACCAGCGGAGCACAGCACAUAGGCUCUCCACGUUUCAUGAUGGCAUCGUGUUCAGCCAUCGGCCAGUGUGGCCCGGUGAGCGUGUAGCGCUGCGCGUGCUGCGACAAGAGGACGGCUGGUGCGGUGGCCUCCGCGUGGGCUUCACGCGCCUGGACCCUGGACAUGUGGCCGCAUCCUGCCUGCCGCCCUUCGUGUGCCCCGACCUAGAAGAGCAGAGCCCCACGUGGGCAGCGCUGCUUCCAGAGGGCUUCGUUCGUGCAGGGAAUGUGGUCUGCUUCUGGGUGAACCGUAGAGGCUGGCUCUACGCAAAAGUCAACGCUGGCCGUCCCCUCUUGCUGCGCAAAGACGUGCAGGUCCAGGGCGCCCCGCUCUGGGCAGUGAUGGAUGUGUACGGGACCACGAAAGCCAUUGAGCUGCUGGAUCCCAAAGCUGAUGCCUGGAUCAUCAACGGAGAGGCUGUACCAGUGUCUGAAGUCACACCGGGAGAGGAGUGUGUCAUCUGCUUCCACAACACCGCCAACACCCGCCUCAUUCCCUGUGGCCACUCACACUUCUGUAGCUCCUGUGCCUGGCACAUCUUCAAAGACACGGCCAGGUGCCCCAUGUGCCGCUGGCAGAUUGAGGAGGUGGCUCUAGAACCUUCACUGAAGACUGGAGAAGGCUCCUGAAGAGAGAGCUUCCUGCAGUGGGUGGCAGACAGGACCUGGCUCUGAGACAGGAGAAGCCUCUCUCUGGACAUGGGUCAGCAAGCACGGUCACGGGUCACCAAGCCUGAUCUCGGGUCACCAACCCUUGUUAGCCGUGAGGGAUGCUCAGAGACUCUUUCCCCAGCCAGAAGUUUGGAGGAAGUUGAUAUGACAAAGAGAAAUCUUUCUGGCCACGUUGGCAAGUCCCCAGUGUAGUAGGGGCAGCCUGAGUCCUCAUGCUACAGCUGAGGGUAUGAAGGGAUGGGUUUGUGUCUGGCAGAGGCACCAGAAGCCAGGACAUGUGUUGUGGUGAUUUCCCUGUUGAUUUGUGAGAUAGCAAAAUAAAGUUUGUUUUUGUA